AGACGCCACUUUUUGACCCUAUCUGCUAGCUGCAUACUCUCUUCUUCGUUUCUAUCUCCUUUAACCCCAGCAUUUGCUUCUUCUGACGAAGAGCAUGGGAAAGAUACUGAAGAUGUUAUCAGUAAAGUUAGAACUUCAAUCACCAUGGAUAAGAACAACCCAAAUGUGGCAAGUGCAGUUGCUGACUUAAGAGAUGCUUCAAAUUCUUGGGUUGCUAAGUAUAGAAGAGAAAAAGCUUUACUUGGAAGAGCUUCGUUUCGAGAUAUGUACUCUGCAUUGAAUGCCGUUUCAGGACAUUACAUUAGUUUUGGACUCACUGCUCCAAUUCCUGCCAAGAGAAAGGCCAGGAUUCUUGAAGAGAUGGACACUGCGGAGAAGGCCCUUUCGAGGGGUUGAUAGAGAGACACAGAUUCACAGAUUCACAGAUCUUCUUAUCAAGGAACUUUUUCUUUCUAAUUACAUUCUUUUCCCUUUGAAUUUGAACUAUUUUGACAGAAGGUUCAGUUUGUAAAUGAUGAGAAAUAUCAUGAUAAAAGCUUUCUGUAUAUGUUUCAAAGUAAUUUUU